AUUCUCGGGUGCAUGGAGUUAUCUCUGAUAACACAAAAAUAACAAAAAUCUAGAAUCUAGUCUAGCAUUCAACUCUAAACUCUAAUCUACGAAUCUAGAUCUAUAUUUAUCUAUAAUAUAGAUUUAGACUAAGAUUAGAUAAAUCUAGAUUAAAAAGGUUUAGACGGUCUAGAUUUAAAUUUAUGUCCGGUAAUAGAUUCUACUAUUUUUUUUCUCACAUUGCCGAUGAUCACAUUGAUUUAUCUCGACAUAUGAUUCUGAUUGAAGUGAUUCUCAUUCUGACUGACUCCGACUAGGACUCCAAUAGAAUAGAUCAUAGAUGUCAUCUAGAAACUAGAAUAGAUCUAGUCUAACUGACAUUUUUAGACAGUCUGCCAUAGGACGCACUGGCCUUGGAGAUACACAGGUUGAUUUCAUUAUAUCCAUCUUACUAUUUCUGGAGAGUGUGCUGCCAAGAUAGGCCUACAUCGGAAACAAACCAGGUUUAAAAGAGACACAAUGAAUACUUAAUCUGGAUCAUUACAAUUAAACUUUCUCAUAAAUAUUUUAGUUUCUGAAGUACCAGAUAUAAUUUGGUUUGAGUUCAUUUUUGACAUGGAUUUGUAAUAAAAAAGACAACAUUAUGAAUGUUUAUAAGAAUUUCGCGGGAUUGAAGCAUGCCCUCCCCGGUGACAUCUCACGAUUUACCAAUCUGUCCAAGCCAAUAAAGCUUACAGUUUUAAGCUUGUCUUUGGGUGUGGCCUUAAUAGGAGCACUGGCUAUGUACUUCAGAAAACGCAGGAAGCGCACACAGAUGAUCAAAAUGAAGCUGGAAACAAAGAACCAACAGCAGCAAAAAAUGCACAAUGGACCAACUCACAACCAGACUCCAGCAGCUUCUUCGCAACACCAGAGCAAGACACAGGGAGCAACCAAUGUUGUUAGGUCAUCAAGCUCUUCCUUCAGAAAGUUAAGAAGUGUACAUUUAACCAAAACUCAAACACCUAAUGGAGAAUUUCCAUCUAAAAAGAACAUGUCGACCAGUGUGGACAGCAACUACUGUGGAAGUGGAGAUGUGGGCAACUUGAUGAGGCAAAGGGCACUCUCAGCUUCACUGAAUAGCCUUGGAGGGGUCUCAAAUAACUCCAGUUCAUCCACAGUUACACAUUCAGGUCUUGACACUGCAAACAUGACCAGUGCAGAUCUUUGUCAGCUAGGUAUGGAGAAUCUGUCUCUUGCUAUCUCCUACUGGGAGGAUGCUGUGAUGAAGUUGUCCUAUCUUGACGAUCAGCAUUCUGUGUUGGCUAUUCCAGAUGAAGAUACAGCUAAUUUACAACACAGAUUAGAGAAUUUGCUAGAUCUGGCUUACCGGAUGCAGGAAAAUUAUGAGCGUCUGUGUGAGCGCCAGGUGGAGUCUAUUGCUAUAGAGUCUGCCCUGGCUGUUUUUACAGAGAGAGAUCUCAAAGACAGAAGUUUUGAUGAUGACUCCAGUGACCAAGAGUCAUUUGUUUCAGCUACAGAUAUGGCUCACCUUACAGAUCUAGAUUUUAACAGAGAUAUCUUGCACCAUGUUCCUCUGUAUGAAGCUGGCAUGCUGGAACUGAAAUAUGGAAAUGUUCCUUGUCGAUCAAUAAGACCUGAGAUGGUCCAAUGUCUUUCUGAUGUAGAAUUUCUAGCCAAGUUACAUGGCAUUAGAUUAGCAUUUCAUCACAUUUUUCAAGAAGAUAGCAGAAGAGAAUGGUUUAAAUCAAUAGGCAGAAAGAUUAUAGGAGAUCUCUUAACCAAGGCUGAAAGAGAUGUUGAUGAAUUCUACACAACCUACGACAAAAUGAUGCAGUUUAUCAAUGUGGACUCUAACUGGCCAAUGAUAGAAGAGGAGCUCAGGGGGCGGGGAGUGAGAGUGAUGUCUUUCUAUGACAUAGUCUUAGAUUUUAUACUGAUGGAUGCUUUCGAUGACUUAGCCAAUCCUCCAUCUACAGUAUUAACAGUAGUUCAGAACAGAUGGUUGUCAAAUGGAUUUAAAGAAACUGCUUUAGCUACAGCUGUUUGGUCUGUCUUGAAAGCAAAAAGAAGUCUAUUGAAGUUUAAUGAUGGCUUCAUUGCACAUUUCUAUUCCAUCACUGAACAUACAAGUCCUUUGCUAGCCUGGGGAUUCCUUGGUCCUGAUUCAGACUUGAAAGAGCUUUGCAAUUUUUUUAAAGAUCUUGUUCUUGGAUUUAUACAAGACAUUUUCAACUUUAAACAAGUUCGCUACACAACAGUGGAGGCCUUGGCAGAAGAUAUAAUCAAACUGGCCCAGUCACAAAGUGAGUUGGCUGCUGAGAGAUUGAAGUGUGGAAGUCCAGAUGUUACUCCAGUAGCUUCUUAUUGUUAAUGCAGGCAAUUAGGUGUUCUUUUAAAUCAGUAUAAAUACUUGUACCAAAUUUGUGAUACUUAUUUGGAUGAAAAACUUUGGCAUAAAUGUGGUUUUGGUUGUUACAUUUUAAAAGUAUAAUCUCGUAAAAGACUUGUGUUAGACUUAGUGUGAAUCACAGUCAAUAGGUUGUCUCUAAAAGUGUAAUUAUAGGAGUAAUUGUCAUUUAUAUUUAAAAGCUAGUAGUAAAAAAUUUGAAUAAUUUUUUAAAUGAUGUAAUCAUUCAGUAUUUUUAGUUAGUAUUCAUGAUGUAGAGGAAAUGCACCGAGAACAUAUUUCUUAUGUUGUAUAUUAUAAUGCAGCCAUAAUAUUUUAACUUUAAGCUUUAACACUAUUGACAUGGUUUAUAACUUACAUCUAAAGUAUCCUAGUGACCUUGUGCCAAGCUUGAUUUUUUUCAUGGGUAAAGUUGUCUUAAUUUAGACUUUUUGGUGGAUGUACAAGAGUAUUAUGUGAUCUACCUUAGCAGAUGUUUGGCAUCUAUUUAUAUAGUUGUAAACUUUGGGUGUGGGCCACCAGCCCUGUGUAACAAAAUUAACCUUUGACUAUUUCUUUUAGAUGUUUGUCUAAAAUCUAUGGUUUUAACAAAGUCACUAGUUUAGACAAUCUAUAAGAUGUAAAGAGUAAUUAAAGAAGUAUCUACUCAUGUCUAGUAUUCUAAGGCCAUAUGUGAAGGGGUUAAGUAUGCCUGCAAUAAGAAGAUUGUAAUUUAUUAGGUUCAGGUAGGCAAUGUUCAAUGAAACUUCAAUAUAUUGAACUGACUGUGCACAUAUCUCCUGAUAUCAUUUGAUAUUGAUGAUGUCUGGCACAAACAGGCCUAGACAUUUGAUACAUUUGUCUAGUUUAAUAUUAGCUUCCCUAAAUAUUUCAUUAAUUAGUCUUUUUUAAUCAAACCAUUCUUGAAUUAUUUUUUUUUCAUUUUAUAGAAAGAUGUUCACAUACAAAGGAAAAUUGUGCAUUCCUAGAUGUGAUAAGUUAGUGAGGUUAAACUUAUAAUAAUGCAACAUUUAGGCAGCUAACAGAAUUAAAAGUAUAUUUUAUGCAGAUUUAUUGAAAUAAUUUUUUUUUAUUCUUAGAAGCUUCUGAUAGUUUGACUUAUGUGAAUAAAAAGAAUAAAUGUGUUUAAAUAUUUUACAUGAUUUACUACAUAUUACUAGUGUCAAUAGACCUUUGAUGAUCUGCAAUUACAAAUUAAAAUGAAAACUUUCAAGAAAACCCUGAUGUAUUUAAGCAACUCUCUAAUCAUGUAAUUAAUAAUGUAAGAUACCUAACACUUUUCUUUUGAUGCUUUAUUGUCAAUUAUAUUCAGAUAAAUUGUUAGACCUUUAAUUGAUAAAAAAAAUAUGUUAUUUUAACUGAUAAGUUCUGAUUUUAUCCAAGAUUUUGUUUUAAAUUUGUAAAUAGGAACUAAGUGACUAGUAUAAAACUUGCUCUAUUUGAAAGUGCUAAUGUUAGCAAUAGAUUUAAGUAAAUUUCAUGAUAAAAGCUAUUAACCAUUUAUAUGUAGUUCAAACCUAGUGAUCUAUGGGGCAGAUGAUGUAAAGGUCAUCUGUUUCUAUAACCCAUGGUUAAUGAGGGUAUCUUGUGGCCAGCACAAUGACCAACCGCCAACUAAUGGAGCUGGGUGUAUUUAGAGGCUCCCUGAAGAUCAUGAAAUUAAAAAUCCCAGUCUUUGAACCUGGGACCUUUGGUUUGUAAACCAAGUGCUUUAUCACUCAGCCAUCAUGUCUCCAUUUCACUCAUUUAAAAGGUGUUCCUAGUUUGUUUUUUUUGUUGUUUUUUUUUGUACAGCACAACCAUUCAUUAAAUGUUUCUUACUGUUAACAUUGUCUUCUUCCUAAAAACUUUAUUUUUAUGUAUCUGGCUGGCGUUAAUAAUUUUAGCCAGUAAACUCUUGAUGUACUUACUUUGAUUACAUUCUUUCUUAGGUAUGUAUGUUUAAUAUAAGUUGAUGUCAUGAAAUAUAAUUAAUAAAUAAAAUAUGUUUAUUAUUAAAAUUUGUUAUUAGAACAAUCUGGUGAAUAUUUUUUUUAAAGACCAUUAAAAAAAAGUAAUAAGUUCUUAUGUUUGUUUUUUUCAAUUUACAUCAUAUUGUUAUAAACCUGACGAGUUACGACGAUCGGCCCAGACGAGUGUCGACAUGAUGGUUCGGGAAGGAUCGAUGUCGUGAACAGAGCUCAGGAGCGUCACGAGGGAUGUAGUCAUCUGACCACCCAGAUUGGUCGAGCGACGUUCUGUCCGGUUCUAGAAGGCCAGCAGGGACCCUAUAUAAAGAGCGAAGGUAUCAGAGACCAGUCAGUCACAACUUCCCGUUCUACAGUUUGUUACAACGGCUCAGUACAAGUCCGAGACGAGACAGAUAGACCAGUGCAAGAGUUGAUACGGCGGAGAGAUAUUUGUACAGUCUUGUGUUACGUGCUGCCAAUUGUACAGUGUUGGCUGUUAUUUAUUGACAUUACACUAUUACGUUAUUUUGAAGCCCAGAGUUGUCAAGUUCUUUAAGUUGGUGGUGUCGUUUGGUGCCAUUUGCAGCGAGCCUGGAUAGGGAGAUUCGUAACAAUAUACUUAUGAUGAUUGUUUUAGACUAAAUGAAAUCUUGCCAACUCUUUUUUUUUUUUCUUUAAAAUCAUUAAUCCCACCAAAUUUUGUAAUGGUUAGUGCUUUGUGUAAUCCUGGCUCUUGAUAUUUCUUAACCAUUUUAUCCUUUGUUAAGGAUUUCUAAUGAACAGCUGCAGCUAUAAUUUAGCUUUUUAAGUAUGAGACGAAUUUUUUUUUCCUUUUUACAAACUAUCAUCACACUUUUUCUGAUACUGUAUAAGAGCCUUUAAAUAAAAUCUAGAUUGAUAGUUCCAAUAACACAAUAGGAACCUACUCUUUCACUAAGUAUACAUACAAUUUUUAUUUUUUUAGCAUAGGUGUUUCCUCACAUGUUUCUGAUUAAUCUCUAUUGCUCAGAAUUGCAAGACACUUAUCUAAUAAAAUACAGAUGUUAUUUCAAAAAAGAAGAUUAUGUCUAGGCAUGUCCCUAAAGCAAUCUAGUCCUGGAAGGACCCAUUCUAUGCUCUAAAGGUACUACGGAGAAGGAGUGUUUUAUGUAUAAUUGCUACUUAACUUUUUAGUCUUCUAUCAUGAAAGGUCUCUAUUUUAAUGAUUUUACUAAAAGUGUUACUCUAAUCAAAUGUGAAUAUUUGUUUGUUAUGAAUCUCACAGCUCUAUUUUGUGUCUCCUCUUGUUUCUCUUAUGUUUUCUAGAGUUGAGGGGGUCCCAAACAGAGGAUGAAUCUUCUACUAUUGGUCUAACCAAGGUUAAAUAACAUGUUAUGUUCUUAUGUGAUUUGUACAAUUUUCUGUAAACAUUGUAGGACUUCAUUCUGUAUUUUUAUCCCAUGCAAUUGGACUUGUAUAAAAAAAAAAAAAGAAUUUCAAUAUAUAAUAAUACUAGACAUAUGUUACCCGCGACCCGCAGGUCUUUAUUUGCGCAUUACUGUCGAUAUAGUCACUGAGAGUGUUUUGUAAACAAUUAAACAAAAUAAUAAUGUAAUAAGUAAAGCGAAUGUGUGAAUGUAAAAAU